GGAGGUUGCCGAUAUCAGUCUGGGCAAAUACGUUAGCUAGGCGGAUUCGUCAUGACUACGGCGUUCUGACCUCCUGGCUGGCAACAUCUUUGUAGCGGAGAGCCGAAUUCAUCGGUGUACCUUUGCACCGACCAUGUGGUAGGGUAGAGGGCUGAUUUGAUAUAGAUGAUACUAAUGCCCCAAAUUUCAACCUGCAUAAUGGAACUGCAGUUCCCCGGAUUUUUCUCUACUCCACACAUCCUUCUUGUUAGUUGUUCGGUGACUUUGGAAUGGGUUUCCUCAUUGUUGCUGUGGCGCUUGUCGCCGCUCAGGGUGGCUUCAUCUAUGGGUUUGAUUCUGGGAUUAUCGCCACAACCUUUGGCCAUGACAGUUUCAAGCUCAAGAUGUAUGGACCGUCUAUGGUCAACACUAGCUAUCAAGGUGCCACCGUCUCGGUCUACAACGCUGGCCAGGCCAUCGGCGGAAUGACAGUAGGCUACCUUGCCGACAAGCUGAGCCGAAAGUACACGAUUCUUCUCGCUUCGAUCUUGACUAUUGUUGGGUCUAUACUCCAGUGUGCAGCUGUACAAGUUGGCAUGAUGAUUGCAGGCCGUCUUGUGGCUGGCAUCGGCUGUGGUCAACUCCUCUCUGUUGUUCCCAUCUAUCUUGCCGAGGUUGCACCUCCAGCGCGCCGCGGUUUCCUCGUCGGACUCCAGGGUAUGAUGAUAGCCAUAGGUUUUGGCAUUGCUAAUUGGGUUGGAUACGCGGGCGUGUUUGCAAUGGGAGAUGGUCAAUGGCGGAUCCCACUGGCAAUGCAGCUCCCCAUCCCGGUUCUCCUCUCCGUCAUGGUCUUCUACGUACCGUUCUCACCUCGUUGGCUUAUACUCCGUGAUCGAUACGAAGAAGCGAGGACCGUUUUGGCGAGCCUACACGGGGCUGGAGACAAUGACGAUCUGGUUGGCCGCGAGCUCAUACAAAUUCGUGAGCAGAUUCUACUGGAGCGGUCCCAGGGCAAUAUGGACUGGAUGACAGCCCUACGUGCACUAUUUUCCCGAAAAUAUGUCCGCCGCACGCUUACAGCCGCCUUCAUUGUCACCAUGGGACAGCUCAGCGGCUCUUCUGUCAUUCAGAACUUCCAGAAUAUUUUCUACGCCACCGUCGGAUUCACUGGCAGAACGGCGUUGCUUAUCAGCGGUGCUUACGGCAUGAUGGGGAUUCUUGGCCAGGUCAUCUACCUCUUCGUCGUCGCAGACCGCUGGCCACGAACUCGUACUCUAUGGAGCGGCUCUCUGGUACUGAGCGCCAUGAUUGCAUUGUGCAUGGCUCUCAGCGCAGUCUAUGGCAAUAAGGACAAUGACAAUGCGGCUGGAGCGAGGGCCGCCAUCAGCGCCAUCUUUCUCUACUCCAUGUGCUACGCGAUAUUCUUCAACGCUAUGAUCUGGGUCGUGCCCUCGGAGCUGUUCCCCUUCUUCCUGAGAACCAAGGGUCUGGCGUUUGCCGUCGCUGCCAAGUCUGUUACUGCGAUUGUGCUCUCACAAGUUACACCGCUGGCAAUUGCAUCCGUCAGCUGGAGGUACUACUCGCUCUUUAUCGCAACUAACCUGGCGGCCGCCGUCUUCUACUUCUUCUUCCUACCAGAGACUUCCGGAAAGUCCUUGGAGGAAAUUGCGGAGCUGUUUGGAGAUGACCUUGCAACUAACCGCCUGGGAGAGCUGGAUGUGGACGCGAAGAAUGGAAUCGGCCCAGAGGCGGAGCUUCAUGAAUUUGCCGAGAGACGACCUCAAGCUUGAUAGGGCCAUUUCUAUCAGAGAGCCAACGAGCCCAUUACGAUCCUACGGGCUUCUCUUUACAUCUAGCAAAAGAACCACAUCAUGCCCAGCACCUGAACGUGUAGUGAAACUAGCACGUGCCGUUGGCAGCAUUCAAGCCAUCACUUCUUAAAGUUCCCCACUGAUCGUAGUGUUCCCUUAUGUGAAAUCGGCCAUUGAAGCAACUGCGGGA